AUUGCUUUGUUUAUUUAAAUGAACACAGCUACAGCUUUUGUGAUGAUAAUUUGCUAUCUCUUAUGCUAUUAAUAUGCUAUUAAAAUGUAAUAAAUAUCUGUUGUAAGCAGUUUGUAUUUUAAAGUUCUCAUCUUUGUAUUAAAAAUAGAAAAAAAUUUGAAAAUCAUAACGCAAAUUCCAAUAUCUGUUUGAGAAAUCACAAUUAGAUAUUUCCCCCCAAAUUGUUUAGAACCUAAUAAACAGUUAUGAAGUAGUAUCCCUAAGACACUGACUGAACUAUUAACCAUGUUUGUUGUCUCUGCUAAAAUUAUUUAAUUUCUAAAAGUUUAUUGUGAAGAUGCAUUUUUUCCUCCCAAGAGAUUAUUAUUUCAGGGAAUAUGGCAGAUAUGGAGCUGUUUAGAAAAGCACCAUUACAGUGUCUUUUUUGUUGAUAAAAACAAGGUUAAAGAUGUUUUUUAUAAAUCUGUUUAAAUUUAUCGUGAUAAAAAUGUACAGUAUUGAUACGUGCUACUUUUCUGCGUGCUUUCAGUUAGUUUGCACCCCAAACAAUCAUUUUUGGGCUCUCUACAAAAGCUGUCUUGGAUUUGAAAGUAGUUUAUUGUAUUUUUAUUAUGCUACAAAUAAUGAAAUAUGUCUUCUAGAUCCAAUAAUUCAUAUGUGUGAUCUACCUCUGUGAGACGAUGUCUGACCGUGACGGCCCACGAUCAGAGCCGGCUGGACUGGACGGUCUGCCUCCACUCUACAGCAUUGCUAAAGGAGAGGUGGUGUCUGUGCAAACCUACGGCGCCUUUGUCAGACUACCGGGAUACAAGAAGGAAGGUCUGGUACAUGUGAGCGAGAUGUCGGCGUCUCGUGUUGAGAGUGCCUCAGAGAUUGUGGAUGUGGGGGAACAGGUGUGGAUUAAAGUCAUUGGGAGAGAGAUUCAGGGUGACAAGGUGAAGCUGUCCUUCUCCAUGAAAUCUGUCAAUCAAGGAACAGGGCGGGACUUGGACCCCAACAAUGUUAUGGCAGAUCAGGACGCAAGGAGACGUAAGCAGUUUAGAGAUCAAACCGGCAACAGGAUCACACUGGAAGCUGUGCUCAACACAACGUGUUCAAAGUGCGGCUGCAAGGGUCACUUCACAAAGGACUGUUUCUCUGCUCCGGGCUUGCAGUAUGCUCUUGUGCCUGAAGAGGACGAUGAAGAGCCACAGCAGCAGCCGACCUCCACAACUGCACCACAGAAAGACUCCGACAAAAAGAAGAAAAAGAAGGAAAAGAAAAUGAAGAAAAAGAAGAAGAGGGAGAGAAAGGAGUCAGACAGCAGCAGCAGCAGCAGCAACGAAUGUAAAUCCAAGAGGAGGCGCCACGACCACAGCCACGACAGAGAGGACAAAAAGAAGAAGAAACACAAAAAACACAAGUCGCACAAACACAGCUGAGACAACAGCACAAACAGACACACAUCUACAGUCACACACACACUGCAGCUAUCAGACAGACACACAACAGGAAGUAGGGAGAAACAGUGACUGACAUCCAGCUGUGUGUCUUUUAAUCACAUCUCCACCAACAGCUUAUUAUAAAAACCUUCAUGCAUUUAAGUUAAAGUUUCAAUUACUGUCUCUCCAUAUUAUUGGAAGCAGUUCCUGGAAAGUGCUGUAAAAGCAAAUAAGUAGGUCAUGUGACAAUCCCCACUUGUCCUGAAGUAACCUCUGGCUCCCCUACAGCAGGAAGAGUCUACACAUUAUAUGUAAUCCGAUAUUUGUAAGCAAUAUGGCAGCAAGUGGCCACCCCUUUCCAGAUAUUGUGCACAGCUAUCCGGUUUCCAGUAGUUAUCUGGGAAAUCCAUUUAGCUGACAUGAGAGUAAAGCCCACUAAAAUAGUGGGGGUGGGGGAGCUAAAGAUCCUUUAAAUAACACACACACAGACAAAGCAACACACACAGGAAAAAGCUGAAACACAAACGGGAAGUGUAGCGUGGCACAUGUAAGUGAGCGUAGCGGGAUCCUCAUAAUGUGGUGACAUCCUGAGGUUGUGAGCCACUUACUGUGUGUUUGUGUGUACAUCUACACGUGUGUGUUUUAUCUACAAGGGAAACCUCACAGCACACACACAGCCUUCUUCCUGCAUGUCAACUGUUAACUCCAUUAAAGCUGUCUUUGUUUGUAAAGGUAACAAAA